ACGGAACGGAAUCACAUGCCCCCUGACUGCUUCCUCGUUUCUGUUGUUUAACAACAAACAACAUGGCUUUUCAUGGGUCAGGGUCGCUUCUCCGUUACGUAGCUUUACUUGUAUUGUUGUCUGUGUUUGUUAACGGGGAGGGACAGUUCAGGGGCUUCAGGAGGUUUCAUCAUUACUCCAGCCAGAGGACUGUGUUAGACGAGCAGUGGUUCACUCAGAGACUGGAUCACUUCAAUGGUGCAGACAGCAGAGUGUGGAAGCAGAGGUACUUUGUGAAUGAAGCCUUCUACAAACCGGGGGGUCCGGUGUUUCUGAUGAUCGGGGGGGAGGGUCCGGCCAAUCCGGCCUGGAUGCAGAACGGGACCUGGCUCACCUACGCCCAGAAACUCGGAGCUCUCUGCUUGAUGCUGGAGCAUCGCUUCUACGGAGAGAGUCACCCGACCCCUGACCUCAGCACGGACAGCCUGCGUUUCCUGAGCAGUCGGCAGGCGCUGGCCGACCUGGCUCACUUCCGCGCCGUGACGGUGGAGGCCCGGGGGCUGGCCGGCAGGAAGUGGGUGGCGUUCGGCGGGUCGUACCCGGGUUCUCUUGCCGCCUGGUUCAGGCUCAAGUACCCUCACCUGGUCCACGCCUCCGUGGCCACCAGUGCACCUGUUCACGCCACGGUCAACUUCCCAGAGUACUUGGAGGUUGUGUGGCGCUCGCUGGCCUCGGAGAACGCAGAGUGCCCCGUCAUGGUGAAAAAGGCUUCGAGUGCCCUCGUGGAGCGCCUGAAGGACCCCAAGACCUACGACAACAUCACCAAAGACUUCAACUUGUGUUCCAAACUGCAGAUCCAGACAGAGAUGGAGUCUGCCUACUUCCUGGAAACGCUGGCUGGCAACUUCAUGGAUGUGGUCCAGUACAAUGAAGACAACAGGGGGUUUGAGGGCGUGACGGGCACCAACAUCACCAUCAAGGUGCUGUGCAGCGUGAUGGGUGACGCCUCAUUCGGGGAUCCCUACGCCCGCUACGCUGCCGUGGCCCGCCUCAUGAUGGACACCUUCUCUAUCAAAUGCAUGAACAUCAGCUACAAAAGCUACCUCGGAGACAUGACGGACACAUCUUGGAACGGGCCGGCCGCAGGGGGAGGGAGACAGUGGGUCUACCAGACCUGCACUGAAUUUGGAUUCUACCAGAGCACCGACUCGCCCAACCAACCGUUCACGGGCUUCCCUCUAGUGUAUCACGUGAAACAGUGUGCAGACUUCUACAACGUCAGCGCUGAGCAGCUGGCGGAGGCCGUGGCUCAGACCAACGAGUAUUACGGCGGCUACGACAUCCGCUCCACCAGAAUCGUUCUGCCCAACGGCUCCAUUGACCCGUGGCACGCAUUGGGAGUCACUCAGGACAUCACACCCGACCUCCCCGCUGUUUUCAUCAAAGGAACAGCUCAUUGUGCCAACAUGUACCCUGCCAGGAGCCAGGAUCUCCCCCAGCUGGCUCUGGCCCGGGAUCACGUCUUCUUACUUCUCCAGAGGUGGCUGAAGUGAAAUGACUGACAGCCGAACAGGCCAAUGGACGGCUCGGCAAGACAAACACAUUUUAACUUCUGUCCAGAUCGUUGACACUGCAGUGAGACUGCUUCUUUUACUGCCACGUUCAUGAAUCUGCAUGAAAAGGCAUUUUACACAAGCGUCAGAUGGUACAAAGUUCAGCUGUUUUAAAUGAAUGAAUGAGCAGAUGAAUCAAUAAUACUUUUUUUAAAUGACUGUCGGGGAUUUUUCUCGCUCAUUUUCAGUUUAAUUUUGAGUCAACAUUACAAAGGUUAUAUAUACAGUAUAAUAUAGUGCACUCCUGGACAGAGAAAGAUAGCUCAGUUGAAUUAAUUGGAGGCAGGUUUAACUUCACAUUAACUGACUGUUUGAACUAUUUAACUGAAGACAAACGAGUUGCACCAUCCAGAGAUACUUCAUCACACUCAAUCAUUUCUCAUUUCGUAAGAACAAUUUCAUAAGUACUGGGGAAAAAAAAGAAACUUGUGUAAGUCUGUGAAAUUAAAACGUUUCCCAGCAUAGCGUUUGCUUUUUGAUACAAUAUGCGACGUCACUGCCUUUUGUUGCAUGCUAUUGACCUAUCUGCACAUACAGGACACUUUGCGUGGCCAACUCUUGACAAAUACAUUUCAUAUUGAGAAACUCUCACAGCAAAGUUCAUCAACAUCAUUUCCCGUUGACUGUAGCAUUUGAAGGCUCCACAACACACUGAAAAUCAUGUUUGAACAGGCAGCAAUGAAACAAAAACAAAACACUUUUCUGCAGAGAAUUCGCCCAGGAUUGUCUCUGGAGUUCAUGUGUUUGCACGAGAUCUACGUGUCGCACAAACAUGCACACAUCUGGUCGUGCUCAUCAAACAAGUUUAGUCUUGUUAGUCUUGUUUGAUGAUAAGAGAGUAGAUACAAUGCUGUCUGGGCUGCUCAACAGGUAUGGGCUGCUCAACAGGAGCGUGAUCAGAUCUCCAGCCGGACCCAGAGAUGGCGUAUAACUGUUUGGGAAACUGUAAUCAGGACGACAUAUUGCAAUGUUUUCGUCUUUUGUCUUGGAUUCGGUUUAAAAGCAGAGUCUGCAUUAGAAGAACAGAAGUGGCCUCGCAUGACACGGUUGUAUUAGACAGCUGUGUGUUCAUUAAGCACCCCCAAAACACAGACACAGUGACCCCACUUUGCUUAACGCUGUUUGUUUUCACAGUCAGUCCCGUCUGUAUCUCAGCUGCAAGACCCCCACUCCAACACACAUACCACACACCCCCAAACUCUGUGGACCAAAAACCCUGCUCUGAGGCACCUGGGCAUUCAGUCCACAAAGUAUACAUGUGAAAUAUAUAUUAUUAUGAAGAAGUCCAGUCUUUGUGAAAGCAAACAUUGACGAUGGAUUUACUCAUAAUUGCCCAUACACUCUCAUUUAAUCCCCCUGUAAUUCAAAUCCCCAUGCACCUCCUCUUCAGCCUCUUUGGCUGCAGCAGGAGUGUAAUUGAGCUUCAGCCUCUUUGCAGGUGUGUGUGUGUGUGUGUGUGUGUGUGUGUGUGUGUGUGUGUGUGUGUGUGUGUGUGUGUGUGUGUCGCCACCCAACUGUGUCACCUCACCAGACAGAAAAGCGUCAGGUGGUCUUUUGUGAAUUGUCACUUGGUUAUGUAAAUAUAAAAUCACAUACAAAAUGAAUAAGCCCAAACUCUCCUAUGAGACGUGUUAAUUGUUUGUUAAUCAAUGUUCUGUUCUGCAAAGAUGUAACAUUAAAAACAAAAACAGUA